UCGAGAAGAAACUCUUCUUUUUAUAAUAAAUAAUAAAACUGUUUAACUGCAGGAUAUUCACUGACUCUGAAAUAUAAAUUAAGAAAAUUCUCACUCCCUGAAAAGAGGCAAGAAAAAUAAAGAUUAAAAAAAUAAAAAGGUACAGGAGACAGUAAAUGGCUGAAUCUUCAUCAACAUCAAAAGCCAGAGGAAGGAGGAGCAGCAUAGAUGGACCACCUUCAUUUUCUUGUGACUCCAGUAGUCUCCUGUCUGAAGAGCAGCUGCAGUGUUCGGUCUGUCUGGAUGUGUUCACUGAUCCAGUCACCACUCCAUGUGGACACAACUUCUGCAAGAGCUGCCUUACACAGUGCUGGGAGAAGAAUCAACACUGUCACUGUCCAUUAUGUAAAGAGAAAUUCACCAAGAGACCUGAACUGAAGAUUAAUAUAACACUCAGAGAGGUUGCAGAUCACUUCAAGAAGAAAAGUGGUCAAGACAAACCUGAGGUUCUUUGCGAUGGCUGCAUUGGAGAGAAGCUGAAGGCCCUGAAAUCCUGUCUGGAUUGUUGUGCAAGUUUGUGUGAAACUCAUCUAGAGUUUCAUAAUAAUAUGCCCAAACUUAAGACACACAAACUAAUAAAUGCUGUGGAGAACCUGGAGGACUACAUAUGCCAGAAACAUGAGAGAGCUCUGGAGCUGUUCUGUAGAAAUGAUCAGACGUGUGUAUGUCAGUUAUGUGCUGAGAGAGACCACAAGAAUCACAACACUGUUCCUAUAGAGGUGGAGAGCAGAGAGAGGAAGACUCAGCUGGGGAAAACACAGACAGAUGUGCAGCAGAUGAUUCAGGACCGACUGAAGAAGAUCCAAGAGAUCAAACACUCAGUAGAGCUCAGUAAAAGAAGCACAGAGAAAGAGAAAGCAGACAGUGUUGAAGUCUUCACUGCUCUGAUUCGCUCCAUUGAGAGAAGUCAGGCUGAGCUGCUGGAGGUGAUGGAGGAGAAGCAGAAAGCAGCAGAGAGGCAGGCUGAAGGACUCAUUAAAGAGCUGGAGCAGGAAAUCACUGUGCUAAAGAGGAGAGACACUGAGCUGGAGCAGCUCUCACACACUGAGGAGCAUCUCCACCUCCUACAGAUUUACUCCUCCAUGUGCAGCCCUCCACACACCAAGAACUGGACUGAGAUCAGUAUUAACACUGAUCUGAGUGGGGACACUGUGAGGACAGCUCUGUCUCAGCUUCAGAAGACUCUGAAUGAGAAACUCACUAAAACACUGGAUGACAGGUUCAAGGAAACAGUUUCCACAGAAUUGAAGAGGAUUCAGCAGUAUGCAGUGGAUGUGACUCUGGAUCCUGAUACAGCUCAUCCCAAUCUCAUCCUGUCUGCUGAUGGAAAACAAGUGACAGAAGGGAACAAACAGCAAACACUCCUUGAUACACCAGAGAGGUUUAAUAAGUAUCUUAUAGUUCUGGGAAAGCAGAGUUUCUCCUCAGGGAGAUUUUAUUAUGAGGUGCAGGUCAGCGGGAAAACUGCGUGGGAACUUGGAGUGGCCAAAGAAUCUGUUAACAGAAAGGGAGACAUUGCACUGACUCCUCAGAAUGGAUUGUGGACUGUGUUUCUGAGAAAUGAGAAUCAGUAUGUAGCUGGUGAUCACUAUGUCCCCCUCACACUGAGAGAGAAGGUGGAGAAGGUGGGGGUGUUUGUGGAUUAUGAGGAGGGUCUGGUCUCUUUUUAUGAUGUGAAGGCCGGCUGUCAUAUCUACUCUUUCACUGGUCAGUCUUUCACUGAGAAACUCUAUCCUUACUUCAGUCCUGGUUUAAAUGAAGGAGGUAAAAAUUCAGCACCACUGAUCAUCAAUCCUGUGGUUAAGACUGAAUGAAUUUUCACCUCAAAAAUUUUAUCACCUAUUAAAUGAUGAGAAUAAAAAUAAAUAUUUUACUUUUUUUUGGUGAAUUUUAGAAAUAGGCCUACAUGUUCCCACUUAAAGUGCUGUACAGUUUAUUUUAAAUACCUGGGAUUUAGUAACAGCAAUGGAAUCAAACAGAAACUCCACUUCCCAGAACACAUUACGGCCUACAAUCACUCCACCAACAUGUUCAUGGUCACCCGAGUUCUAAUCGCACACACCUGUUCCCUAUCACACCCACACCUACAUAAACUGUCCAAUAGACUUUGGACCUUCCAAUAGACUGGAAGUUCAAUAGACUAUGGACUUUCAACCCAUUGUGCAGUAAUGCUCAAUGUGCCGUAACCUGACUUACCAUGCUUUGUAAAUUUUAGCUUGCUGUUCUUUUUGAUCUUGACUUGUUGCCUAGUUUUUGGAUUUUGGAUUUGCCCACUUUGUACUGUUUAUAUAUCACCUGACAUUCUGCCUGCUCUUGGUUAUGGUUAUUUUUGCUUCACAUUUUGGAACUAUUUGCCAGUGUCUUUUAAUAAAAACACUAACCUACACUUUCAUCUAAGCAAAUAAUUUUAAUCCUACAUUCUGUUUUUCACA